CGAGCGUGCCGGAGGAGUUCGCUCGCGCUGCGUCUCUGGAACAAGGAACUUUGACACACAACUCCUCAACAACACCACCAGUGACCCUCACGUUUAGCAUUUUUCACCCAGUUUAGUACACGGAACACCUGGGAUAUCGCUUCAGCUGUAUCCAUAUCAACCCACCACACCUCACUAUGCUCCUUUCUUCCUGCUGAUGACCUUUGACCUCUGACAGCGAUGGCGGACCGCCCGUUGGCUCCUGGUCAGAGGUAUAUAGAGGUGGAUUACGACUAUGAUUACAAAUCCAAAGACCGUUUAAUCACCAUUAAACAGGGGGAAUGUUAUCUGCUAAUAAAGAAGACCAAUGAUGACUGGUGGCAGGUGUGCAAGGAGGAGGGCAGUAAGCCCUUCUAUGUUCCGGCACAGUAUGUGCGAGAAGUGCGACGGGCUCUCAUGCCCCCUCCAAAACCCCUCCCGCACACAGGGGCGGGGGCACGAGGGGGAACUGGAAAGAUUCGGCCAUCUGCCCUGGAUAUCCAGCGAUCAGAUGAGAAGAGCCCAUCCCCCUCCACUGGGCAAAGCACCAUGUUACUGCCACCCAGAGAUGACAGGGGCAGCCCGGGCAGCCCCACAGGGCAUGUCCCCCACACACAAAUAAACACACCCCAUGAUUCGCUUCCUCAAUUGAGAGCAGAGUCCCCAAGUCGCGAAACUGAUGGAGAGAGGGAUAAAAACAGGGAGUUGGAGAAGCGGGAACAAGGACGGGAAAAAGGUGCAAUUCAGGAAGAGUUAGCCAGAGAGCGAGGAGGCUUGGAUAAGAAACUAAAUGACUCUGAGUCUGGGGAAGAGCUCAGCAGUGGUUCCACUGAUAACCUGCAGCCUGUGUCUGCAGGACGGGGUAGGCCUGAUUCUCCUGUCUACACAAAUCUUCAGGAGCUGAAGAUCUCUCAGUCCUCUGCCCCACCACUGCCGUCCUCUUCUCCACUUCACACCAAUGGCGACUGGGAGACUCACAAAGACCAGAAUGGCAGACACUUUUACUACAACCGCAGCACGAAGGAGAGGACCUGGAAACCCCCCCGGGCACGGGACAGCCUCACCAGGAAAGAGGAAAGACAAGGGAUGACUGACGCUGAGACUCUGUCUUCGGAGGAGAACUGUCUGGGCAGCCAAUCAGAUAGCCAGUAUGGUUCGCUCCCGAGAGGCUGGUCUGAGGAAAUGGAUGAGCAUGGACACACACUGUAUGUGUCUGACUAUACUAAUGAGAAGUGGCUCAGACACACAGAUGAGCGAGGCCGACUUUAUUACUACAGUGCAGAUGGCUCUAGAUCUGAAUGGGAGCUUCCUAAAAUUGGUCUAAAAACACAGUCUAACCACUCCCUUCUGCUGCCAGGAGGUGGGGACUCACACAAAACUCGCAGUCUUGACCGGAGACUGCCAAAUCCCAUUCCAAUCAGCAGGACAAGACACAGCACAUAUUCCCCGGAGUCCAAUGAUAAGGUAGACACACAGGACUCCACUAAAGCAGGCUCACCCGACUCUGACUCUUCCUGCCCUUCCUCUCCCAAACCCCCCCACUCUCUGUCAGAGAAAUGUGGCACUUUAAACAUGACAAAAAUCACAGAACAUGGAAAAAAGGUCAGGAAGAACUGGACCUCAUAUUGGACAAUUUUGCAGGGUUCUUCACUACUAUUUAAUAAGAGCCAGGGAAGCGGGGCUGGUUGGUUUGGAAGAGAACAAAAGCUGGAGUUCAGUGUGGAUUUGAAAGGAGGGUCAGUGGAUUGGGCAUCUAAAGACAAAUCUAGCAAGAAACAUGUUCUGGAGCUGAAGACCCGGCAGGGGAUGGAGCUGCUCUUGCAGUCAGAUAAUGAUGGUGUCAUCAAUGAUUGGCAAAAAGCCCUGAAUGAAGCCAUAAACACCCAUGCGUGGGAGUCUGAUGAAGCCAUUGAAGAGGACAUGCCGGAAUCUCCUGACACUGAGAAACAUGACAAAGAAAAAGAGCACAGAGACUCCAAGAAAGGCAGAGCUAUGAAGAACUCAAUCAGCAUGGACAAUUCAGACCAGAAGAAGACCAAGACCAAACUGAAGAAGUUCCUCACACGCAGACCAACUUUACAGGCCGUCAAGGACAAGGGGUACAUUAAAGAUGUUGUGUUUGGCUCCAGUUUGAGCAGUCUUUGUCAGAGAGAGAAUUCCACUGUUCCGCACUUUGUCUGGAUGUGCAUCGAACAUGUGGAAAAAAAUGGGUUGGAAGUGGAUGGUUUGUAUAGAGUCAGUGGAAAUUUGGCCAUUAUACAAAAACUGAGAUUUGCUGUCAAUCAUGAUGAACAAGUAGACCUGGGGGACAGCAAAUGGGAGGACAUUCACGUGACCACUGGAGCGCUUAAGAUGUUUUUCCGCGAGCUACCAGAACCUCUGUUCACCUACGCUUUCUUCAACAAUUUCAUCAGCGCUAUAAAAAUGCCAGAUUAUAAACAGAAAGUUCAAGCUGUUAAGGAUAUAAUGAAGCAGCUGCCCCCGCCCAACCAUGACACCAUACAGGUGCUCUUCAAACACCUGAAGCUUGUGAUACAGCACGUAGACAAGAACAGGAUGACCACUCAGAGUGUAGCAAUCGUGUUUGGCCCAACACUCCUGCGCCCAGAGACAGAGACAGCGAAUAUGGCAGUGCACAUGAUCUACCAGAACCAGAUUGUUGAGCUCAUUCUUAUGGAAUGUGAGACCAUAUUUGGAAGGUAGGUCACACCUACAGCAACCCUUUGACCAAACUCAAUGGGCCAGGUACUGCUGAAGACCAGCCUGUUCUGGAGAAGCCAAGCAAACAGCACAUUGACUGGUAGUCUGAACACUGGACAUUUUUUGGUGCGUUUACAUGAGAGGACCGCCCAUAUUAGAAAAAACUCCACCCAUCCUGGCUUCAACAUUGAAAUAAAAGAAAAACAUCUUUUCCGGUAUCUUUAUUGGACUAAAUUGUGCAGUUGAGCAUAAGUUCUUGAGUGCUUUCUACUUCAUUGACUGGAUUAAAAAAACACAUAUAUAAACAUUUGCCACCCAUUGGACUACGUCAUUUUUGGAAAAUUUUUUGGACAAAUCGUACACCAAUUUGGACCAACGAGAGCUUAAAAUGUGAAAACAGCGUUGCUUCAGGGAGAAAUUUUAACUUCAUUCUAGGUUUCCUUUCAUUGCUAGUACUGCAAUUUGCAUUAGAUCUGAGCUGGAACAAGAUUUCAACUGACUGACUACCACGAUGGAUAUGGAAUUUAUUCUUGACUGAAAACUCAAAAAUCUCUGUGGCAAUGGAUUACAUUCUGUUCUAGAAUGCUGGCACUGACUACAGAGAUAACCCCUGCUGGGAAACACACCUGAGUUACUACGUUCGACUUUGUAGAACACAAACACGCAGUCACAUACUCUUUUUUUUGUUUUUGUUUUUGAGUCUUAUUUUUCGAGUCUCAGUCUUGAAUCUCUGUUGAUAGUAAAAUAUCAAAGUGAGUUUCUGGAUGUACAGCAGACAACUCUUUCAAGUGUAUAUCAGGUAAAUUUCAGACUGUGUGAGUGUCCCCUCUGUGGUUCCGUAGAGACACAUCAGAAUCAAUGUGUGCAGGACACAUUUAACCCUGUGAGAACAUUAGACUUGCUACUGUUCCACACCAGACCCAGCAGUCAUGCAUUGAAAGCUGUCAGUCUACUGAAUAUUUGGAUAUACCUUGAUCAGGGUACUAGCCUUAUUAAAUUUUUUUGUGAUUGAAAACAAGGCUCUGUGGGAUUGACACCCCGUCAUUUCAAUGGGUUGAACUGUUAUAGUCCUUGGUCUUGAUCAUUCAGCUGACAAAUUAAUGUUUCAUAUAUUGUCAAAAUAAGUUAAGACAAAAAAAUUGAACAAAAAAAUUCUGGAAAACAUGGGUUGUGAUAAUUAGACAUGACUUGUGACAUUUUAAUCAUUCAAUCCAAUGAACAGACUGUGUCUAUCCUUCACAGCCUUGUUUUCAAACACGAAAGCUAAUAUGUGGCCUCCACCAUCAAUAGGGUCUAUAUACAGUGUGCUGUAUAUAAAAUGUCACUCGUAAAUAUAUUGGUUAGUAUUCCAGUUUUCAAGCUUGUACUUGAAUACUGGACCGCUCUUUGUAAAGAUGAGUUUGAUGAUACUGUGUGUGUGUGUAUGUGGUGAGUGAAAAGAGGUAAAAUCGGCACAGUUGUAUUAUUAUAGACAUAUUGUUUAUUUUAUUAAGUAUUCUUAUAUAACCCAGGCAUGGUUAUUUGGCUGCUGAAUAUAAUUCUUUAAACAUUCUGCUGUAUGUUGCAGAGCUUUGUCUUGAUCAUCGGCAUUGCCAGGUCAUUUUUCCGGGGCUUCAGCCCCAAAUGUUUUGACUGUAGCCCCGAAUGUAAUUUUAAAUGUAGGCUAUGCAAUAAUAUUGCUACAACCCCCCCCCUCUAAGCCCCGAACCUCCUCAAAUCCUAGAAAGGCCCCUGGUCUUGAUCAGAAUAAAGUUAAAAAGGCAAACUUGUCACCAUUUGGGUGUGAGUUUCUCCACCAGGGGGCAGCAAAUAACAGGUAAUCGCACCACGGUAGUUUUGUUUUUUGAUGAUAACAAAUUCCGUCUUCAAAUUCUGGUUGGAUGAGCUGCUUUCAAGGCUGUUAUAAAAUGCCUGUAAACCCACACCUGUGAUCACACAUUCUAUAUUAAUGCGCAAAGUUGCAAUUUUGCUUGGCAACAGCAAACCCCUACAGUAAGGAUAUUGAACUAUAUUACUUGCCGGAAGAAUUGUUUAUUCUGAUUAUUAUUCAUGGUAAAUGUAACUGUUUAUCGAACAUUUAAUUGUUUUUUAACUCUCCUUUGCAUUGUGCACCUUUAAAUGUGGUAAAAUCUUUGUAACGCACGCCCUCUCGUUGCUUAUUGUUUUAAAAUGUAAACCUACCAUUGCGUCUUUUACCUGACAAUUAAUUUGAUCACAUUUUGUAGGGCAGCUGUUUAGUUAAUGUUCUGGUUCAGACUUUUGUUGUGUGUUAAUGUAAACAUUAUUUUUAUUUGUUUUUAUGAACUGAGGAAAGAGUCAAAAUUAUUAGUCAAUAGUAAUUGAAAACAUUGCACAGAUCAAUGUAGAGCAACUGUGUAUUAUGUGAAGAAUUAAAAUUAACAUUAAAAACAAAAUAUUCAUCAUC